AUGUCAAAUGUCAGUCCUAAUGCUAAAGACGAUCCCGCAAGCGAUCCACACAUGACGAGGUGUCCCUCCGGGAGCGAUCCGAGUUUCUCAGGGUGCCGCGGAGUGGCGCUGUGGAAGUGGCGCCGCCGUGGGAAGAUGGGCGAAGACGGUGUUGUGGACGAGGCGUCCGAUUACGUACAUACUGUAUACUCGCUACGCAACGCGACCCACGUACCAGGACAUCUGGCCACACGCAACGAUGCGACAGCUGUUGGAUGUAGCGCCAUUACCUUACAUAAGUACGUAGGGUCUCGAUCCGCGGAAACGGGACUGUCAUGUCAGUGCUGUAGGUUACUGGUGGGGUUCGUUGGGUAG